AUGGAGGCCGAGAUCAGGGCUGUUCUCCCCAACAUCGACCCGGUCGUAUCUGACUACUCCGUUGGAUACCUGACCCAUGCAUCCACUGCCUGGGCAGAUGAGGAGGGCGAGGUCCAAGAUCCUCUCAACGAAGCCGCUGCUACAGUCACCGAGCUGCUUCUCUCUGCCUCUGGUGGCAAAGAUGCCGCUCUCGAAGAAAAGAUCAAGCAGCUGGUGGAGAAAUGGGUCACCAAGUAUGCCGAAGUCAACGGAGGUCAGAGACUGGGCCCUAUGGCUAUCAGGAGAUUAGACCAAACGAUCCAAGUCAGCUCUCAGCGGAACAUGUCUUCUACUUUGGCUGUCGCCGGUGGCGCUGUCGAUUUGGAAUCCGCCAAUGCUAGAAAGGUCGAGUCCAAGGUUGAUCGCAAGAAGCUCGAAAAGGCUGAGCGAAAGAUUGCCGCCAAGCAGCAGAAGAAGACGUUCAAGACUGUCGAGUACGAGGCCUCGAGACUGCUCGAGCUGCCCGAGGAUGCACAGUCCUAUGAAGAGUUCUACAUGGCCGUCAACCCGCUGCAGAUCGGUUCGUCGGGAACCAACAAAACCAAGGACAUCAAGCUGGAUAGUAUUGAUGUGUCUAUCGGUGCAAACCGCAUUCUCACUGAUACCACUCUUACGCUCGCAUAUGGUCGCCGCUACGGUCUCGUUGGUAACAACGGUGUGGGUAAAUCCACGUUGCUCCGAGCUCUCUCCAGGAGAGAAGUCGCCAUUCCGACACACAUCUCUAUUCUCCACGUCGAACAGGAGAUCAUGGGUGACGAUACCCCUGCUAUACAAGCAGUUCUUGAUGCCGAUGUCUGGCGAAAGGUUCUCCUCAGAGAACAGGAUGAACUCACGGCCAAACUGGCAGAACUGGAAGUCCAGCGAGCUCCCUUGGCCGACACAUCAGCGGAUGCUGCCAGGCUGGAUCUUGAGAAGGAGACCAUGGACACUAAGCUUGGUGACGUUCAAGCUAAGCUGUCUGAAAUGGAGUCUGACAAGGCAGAGUCACGCGCUGCCAGUAUUCUUGCUGGUCUCGGUUUCUCUCCUGAGAGACAACAAUACGCAACCAAGACCUUCUCUGGAGGUUGGCGUAUGCGUUUGGCCCUGGCGCGUGCUCUGUUCUGUGAACCUGAUCUGCUGCUUCUUGACGAACCGUCCAACAUGUUGGACGUUCCCUCCAUUACUUUCCUUUCCAAUUAUCUCCAAGACUACCCAAGCACAGUUCUCGUCGUCUCUCACGACAGAGCAUUCCUCAACGAAGUCGCUACGGACAUUAUCCACCAGCACUCUCAGCGCCUCGAUUACUACCGCGGUGCCAACUUUGAGUCUUUCUACGCUACGCGCGAGGAGCGAAAGAAGACAGCCAAGAGAGAAUACGAAAAGCAAAUGGCAGAGCGAGCUCACUUGCAGGCCUUUAUCGACAAGUUCCGUUACAACGCGGCCAAGUCGUCAGAAGCUCAGUCCCGUAUCAAGAAGCUCGAGAAAAUGCCUGUUUUGGAGCCGCCGGAGAAGGAAUACGAUGUCAAAUUCCAGUUCCCCGAAGUCGAAAAGCUGUCACCACCCAUCAUCCAAAUGUCAGAAGUCAGCUUUGGAUACACUGCUGACAAGCCCUUGUUGCGGAACGUGGAUCUCGAUGUUCAGUUGGAUUCUCGAAUCGGUAUUGUUGGACCCAACGGAGCUGGUAAGACAACAGUCUUGCAACUUCUUAUCGGAAAACUCUCUCCGUCAAAGGGUCUCGUCACGGCACAUCCACGACUUCGCAUUGGGUUCUUUGCGCAGCACCAUGUGGACUCACUCGACCUCACCAUGAGUGCUGUCAGCUUCAUGGCAAAGGCGUACCCUGGAAAGACCGACGAAGAAUACCGUCGUCAACUAGGCGCUUUCGGUAUCACUGGCACAACAGGGCUACAGAAGAUGGAACAGCUUUCUGGAGGUCAAAAAUCAAGAGUAGCAUUUGCUUGCUUGGCAUUGACACAACCCCACAUUCUCGUGCUGGACGAACCGUCCAACCACUUGGAUAUCGAGGCCAUGGAUGCCCUGGCCGAGGCACUGAACGCAUUCGAGGGAGGCGUGCUCAUGGUUUCCCACGACGUGACGAUGCUGCAGAACGUCUGUACAUCCCUGUGGGUGUGCGACGGAGGCACGGUUGAGAAGUUUGACGGCAACGUGCAGCAGUACAAGAAGAAGAUUGCGGCUCAAGCAGACGCUGCGGGCGUUGUCAAGGCGCAUUAG